GAUUUCUAAAGUCCGUAAAUGAGAUAUAGAAACAUACAUUCAAUGACUCAAAAAAUUAUUGUUCGAAUUUCUAGUUGGUGUGGGAUCAAUAAACUCGUGUAUCUAUCCGCGACAACGCCUCCACCUCACGCUACACGGUCACGUGACCGCGUCGCAGUCAUGGUAACCGAGAGACGCUGCUUAGCUAGCUUUACCAUGCUUUAAAGAUUGAGGCUAAUGUUGACAUUUUUAAACUAAGUUACUUUCAAAAGAAGCUUUCUACCCACUUCGCGAUAUAUCGUGUGGUUGAUUUCCGCUUUAUUUUCCCCGUUUUACUCGAAACUUGUGUUAGCAUUUAGCUGCUAGCCUGAACGUUAGCCAGUAAGCUGGCUCUCCAGCAUCGACAGAGAACCGUCGCUGUGUUUUCCUCAUGGCUUUUUACGAAGUUUAUUCUCAUCCAGCUUUAAUUCGCUACAAGACGAGCGUCUGCACCAAGGCCACACUUUUCCUCGUCGCCAUCCUGUGUCUCACGUACAUCUCACCGCUGCUGGUCGCGUACAGGAGCCAAGGGUUCUGGACAAAAAGAAGUACUUAUGAGGAACAACCCGUGGUCAGGUACCGGUACGAGGCUCUGCUGGUGGCAGCCACCAGUCCCCUGGGAGACCACGUGACCUGGAGUACCUUCCCGUAUCUGAACAACAUGCUGGGACCAAACUUCAGAAUCCCGGCUGUUUCUGUGAGAGAAGAAGACCAGAACCAGGACGGCAAGUUGGAUCUCCUCAUCUUCAAGCUGCAGCUUCCUCUGAGAGCAGAUGAGCAGGUGUACAGUGUCCAGCUGCUGCUCACCUUCAGCUACCAGCUCCACAGGAUGUCCACGGUGGUGAUGCAGACGCUGGCGUAUGUCCAACACUCUUCCUCGGUCCCUGGAGCUAAACUGUUUAUCGGUGGUGACCUGAGGCUACAGCAGAGGGCGCCACUAGCUCACCGUGGCCUCAACAACAUUUAUAACGUGUCGGUCAUCGACGGCUCCAGUCCCUUUGUCAGUAGCUACGACCUGGAGAACAUCAUGAGGAGCUACCAAAGCAGGAACUUGACCACAGUACUGUCCUGUCCCAGUCCAGUCUGGACCCUGGGCCGAGCUGAAGGCUCUCCCUUUGAGCUCAGCGCUGAGAUCCGUUACCCCCUGGAGGUCAUCAGCUAUCGUCCCGGCUUCUGGGAGACCAUCAAGUUGGCCUGGAUCCAGUAUGUCAGUGUCCUCCUGAUCUUCCUGUGGGUCUCCGAGCGUGUCCAGAGGUUUGUGUUUCAGAACCAGGUUCUGACCACGGUUCCUGUUGCUGUGGAGAAACUUCACCUGUCCUGACUGUGUGGAUGUGUUGAACAGUUUGUGUUUAAAUAAAAUCAACGUUUUUUACAUUUUA